CGCAUACAGCCAUGGCCGCAAGCAGCGAUGAGCUCGUCCUCCCAGGAGUCAAGCACAAGGUUAUCUGCCUCGUCUCUGGCGGAAAGGACAGCUGCUUCAACCUCAUGCACGUCGUCGCAAACGGGCACGAGGUCGUGGCCACGGGAACCUUGACGCCGCCGCCGAGCGUUGACGAGCUCGACUCGCACAUGUACCAGUCUGUCGGCACGUCGAUGCCGCCCCUCAUCGCCAAGGCGCUCGGCCUGCCCCACUUCUCGCGCGUGAUCCGCGGCACGGCGGUCGAGCAGGGCGCCGAGUACGGUUCGCGCGAGCGCGGGGGCGAGGGGUCGGGGCGGGAAGGCGACGAGACUGAGGACUUGACUGCGUUGUUGAAGGAUAUCUUGGCGGCACACCCCGACGCUACGGCCGUCGCAUCGGGAGCCAUCCUGUCCAACUACCAGCGCUUGAGGAUAGAGCACGUGUGCCAGCGGCUCAAGCUCACGUCGCUCGCGUACCUGUGGCAAAGCAAGCAGCUGCCCCUGGUCAGCAGCAUGAUCAGUAGUGGGCUCGACGCGAUCCUGGUCAAGGUGGCUGGUGUCGGGCUGGGGGAGAAGCACGUCGGCAAGUCUCUCUCGCAGCUGUUCCCACACCUCGCCCGAUUGGAAGCAAUGUACGGCGCACACCCCGCCGGCGAGGGGGGCGAGUAUGAGUCGCUCACGCUCGACACGCCGCUCUUCUCCCACCGCCUGCGGAUUGUGCGCUCCGAGGUCAUCCUGACGGACCCCGAGCCCUCGCCCGUCGCCUACUUGCGGAUCGACGAGGCGGAUCUCGUGCCCAAGGAGGGAUGGACACGGCCCAGUGUGCGCGAGCUGCGUGCGCUGCUAGGUCUCGAGGACCCCGUGCGCGGCAGAGAAGACCUGGACGAGGAGGGACUCGAGCUGCUCGAUGACAUUGGCGAUGUGCAGGUCAUGGCGGGUGCGAGUGACGACAGCAGCAAUGACGGCCAGCCACCAAGAGGCACGAAUGACGACGAAAGCGGUGUGAUCGACAGCGUCAGUCGAGGUCAAAGCGGCGGCAGCAGCAGCAGCAGCAGCGGUGCGCCAGAAGGUGGUGUUCGAUUUGGGCGUCAUGGGCACUGGUUUGCAGUCACGGCUCAUGGUCACUCCAUCGACGGCGACGAUGUCGGGCAAGAACUGCGACGGUGCUUUGACGCAAUCAAAGCCAAACUCGCACUUUACAACCUCUCUCUUCCCCUCCAAGCAACACACGUAACACUCCUCCUAUCAACUAUGACCUACUUCCCGGUCGCGAACGCCGCCUACGUCGAGCACUUUGGCACCUCGCCCCCCUCGCGCGCGACCGUCGCCGUCCCCCUCCCCGAGGGUGAGCGCGUCCGCGUCGAGGUUGUCGGCUUUGACGACGUCGUCGGAAACAGCGGCUACAAGGUCGGCGACCGCUCGGCCCUCCACGUCCAGAGCGCUAGCUACUGGGCGCCGGCCAACAUUGGCCCCUACUCGCAGGCCGUGACGGUCGACGGCCGCCUGCACAUCGCCGGCCAGAUCCCCCUCCGUCCCGCGUCGCUCACCCUCCCCGAGCAGCCUGUCGCCCCGGGCAGCCCGUACCCCCACGAGGCUGCCCUCGCUCUUCAGCACACUCGUCGUAUCAUCGACGCCCUCAAGGACCCCAACGCGACCGGCGGCGGCUGGCAGGGCUGGGGCGAGGGCACCGUCGCGUGGUUCAACAAGCCCAAGGGCGCUGGUGCCGAGGGACCGUGGGUCUCUGCCGAGGCGUACAAGCUCUGGGCCGCGCAGAACAACUUCACCGGCGCCCCCGUCGCGUUUGUCGGCGCUUCUGAGCUUCCGCGCAACGCCCUCGUCGAGUACCAGACCAACCUCCACACCGGUCGCAAGGGCUACACUGGCUACGCCCCGGAGAAGCUGGGUGUCAUCUCCGACUUUGAGGAGGGCUACCACGUCGAUCUCAAGGGCGUCUACAGCAAGGGCGAGGCGCGUGGCGCGUACUGGGAGACGGCGUAUGCUCCUGCUGGUCUUUCGGGCGGCCGCGCCGUGAUCUUCCUCCCCGACACCGAGGGCAUCCAGGAGCUCGACACGUUUGCCGAGCUCGCCGAGGUCCUCUCGCGCGCCGUCACGCUCCGCGUCUACCACCGCACCUUCAUCUCGCCAGAGAACGAGCCGCUCAUCAAGAAGGCCAUCGCCAACGGCCGCAACUGGACCGGCAUCCCCGUCACCGAGGUGCGCGACAUCCACGGGCGCGAGUACCCGCUCGCCAUCGAGGUGUUCUCGGCCUAGCCUGGGAAUGGGCAUGGCCUGCAUGCGGGCUCGUAGGAUUUGUA